AACAAUUUUAAGUAUAAAUUUAUUAUAUUGAAUAUUUUUAUAUUACAUAAAAAAAUAAAAAUUACGAAUAAAUUCGUGAUAAUAUUAACACAGAAACUAAACAUAAAUAACUAGACAAGGACAUUACAUCGUUUACUUGCUUGAUAUAUUGUACUGUUUAUUUCUUGUGCAUUUUGUGUGCCUUAUUUCUCCGACUCGAUAAUAACAAAGUGCAUGGCAGAUCAAAUAUGGCUAUGGGCAAUAAACAACGUGAGAACUUACAUGUCUCCCACAACACCAAAUGACAGAUGACUCCACACCAUAAAGAGCGUCCAGUUAUGAAUAUCAAACAGGAACCGUUCAUUGAACAAGAUGAUUAUCAGCAUGGCAUAGACGGAGCGGGAGUUGUAAAGACAGAGUAUGUUGAUGUUGUUGAAGAAUUGGAAGCUAAUCAAAAAAUAUACAGUGGUGAGGCAAAUGAUCCCUUGAAGCUGUAUGAGGAUCAUGAAAUAAAGAGUGAGUUGGUUAUAGGACCCACAGUUGUACAAGGAGUGACCACCGUUGGAACUACUGAACAUUCAAAACCUGAUUCUGGACAAGUUCUGUAUAAUGAAGAUGAGGAGCAUAAUGUCUUUAAACCUAAGCACCAGAGAAGAAGAAUAUCAUGUGAUAAAGUUCAUUCAUGUAAGGUAUGCAGUAAGACAUUCGAGUCCUACAAUACACUGAAAUGCCAUAUAUCAGUUCAUACUAAACAAGAAAUAUAUUUGUCUAAUGAAAAGCCAUACACUUGUUAUGUAUGUAAUAAAUGUUUUGACAGAAAAUCAAAAUUGCAACGGCAUUUGUUGAUACAUACUGGUGAGAAGCCAUACAGUUGUGAUGUAUGUAAUAAAUGUUUUAGUGAUAUAUCAACAUUGCAACGGCAUUUGAUUAUACAUACUGGUGAAAAGCCAUAUAAUUGUGAUGUAUGUAGUAAAUGUUUUAGUGAUACAUCAACAUUGCAACGGCAUUUGUCAACACAUACUGGUGAAAAGCCAUAUAAUUGUGAUGUAUGUAAUAAAUCUUUCAGGCAAAAAGCAAAAUUAACACAACAUUUUUCGACACAUUUUGAUGAUAAACCAUACACUUGUUAUGUAUGUAAUAAAUGUUUUGACAGAAAAUCUAAAUUGCAACGGCAUUUGAUUAUACAUACUGGUGACAAGCCAUAUAGUUGUGAUGUAUGUAGUAAAUGUUUUAGUGAUACAUCAACAUUGCAAAGGCAUUUGUUAAUACAUACUGGUGAAAAGCCAUACAAUUGUGAUGUAUGUAAUAAAUCUUUCAGGCAGAAAGCAAAAUUAACACAACAUCUUUCAAUACAUUUUGAUGAUAAACCAUAUAGUUGUAAUGUAUGUAGUAAAUGUUUUAAUCUAAAAUCAACAUUGCAACGGCAUAUGUUGAUACAUACUGGUGAUAAGCCAUAUACUUGUGAUGUAUGUAGUAAAUGUUUCAACAAAAAAUCAACAUUGCAAAGGCAUUCAUUGAUACACACUGAUGAUAAGUUAUAUAAUUGUGAUUUAUGUAAUAAAGGUUUUAACAUAAAAUCAACAUUCCAGCGACAUCUGUUGAUACAUACUGAUGUUAAGCCGUAUAUUUGUGAUGUAUGUGAUAAAUGUUUCAGCAGAAAGUCAUAUUUAACACGGCAUUAUUUGAUACAUACUGGUGAGAAGCCAUAUAGUUGUAAUGUAUGUAAUAAAUGUUUUAAUCAAAAAGGAAGUUUAACACAGCAUUUUUUAAUACAUACUGGAGAUAAGCCACAUAGUUGUAACAUAUGUAAUAAAUGUUUUAAUCACAAAUCAAGUUUAACAAAGCAUUAUUUAAUGCAUACUGGCAAUAAGCCACAUAGAUGUGAUGUAUGUAAUAAAUGUUUUAGAAGAAAGUUUAAUUUAACACAGCAUUUAUUGAAACAUACUGAUGCCAAGCUGUAUUGAAUGUAUAAUUCAUGUAGAUGUAAGUAUCUGUAAGACAAGAUAAAGUUCAGAGGUACAAACAGCGACACCUUAUGUAGCAAGCAUUAUGUGUGAUAUAUCACGUGAUUAUAUAUAUUGUGGAAAGCAACAGAUGUCAUUGUACAUAAUAUGUAGAUGUGUGUAUAACGUUACAAAGUUUUGAUAAAUUUAUUAUUAUAUAAUAUGAAACUAAUGGUUUUCUUCACAAAUAAAUAGAAAUUAUUUUUUUUACCUCUGAGUAGAAAAGAUAUGUGUUACCUUUGCCUAAUAUGACUGACUUUGCCUAAUAUGAUGCUGUUUUGUUUAGAAUUGAAAAGUCUAUCUGUAUAUCUUGAUUUUGGAGUUUCAAGUCCUAAAAACGGGUGAACUGUUAGCUAAUGGUCAAAUUAAACGUCUCUUUUUUUCAAA